CGAUCACACGGCUAUAUCACGUGUGUACAACAAGGAAGUAUAUUCUGCAGGUCGGAUGUCUAAUGGCGGUUGACGUCAUGUACAGGGUCGGAAAGUCGCACCUGCUAGAAAGAAGAAUGAAUACGUGUGAUCUUCUUUGUCUUCUGAUCUUCAUGACCCUCCUCUCUGGAACCACUGGGGCAAGCCUGACCGCUUCACCAAGCCAAAUAGCAAUCGGGGGCAGUAACCCAACAUCUCAGUUGACUGUAAGUUGCAGGCCAGAUGCACCUGGAAUAACUACAUUGUAUAACAUGGAGAUUGGCAAGAAGUCUUCUGCUGGCUUUGAUCAGCCUAUAAUACGAUUGACCAACACAGAUACGUCAGUACAAGUAGUGGACACAAGUCUACAGCAGCGGAUGACAGCCUCAGGUUCUAUCAGUGGAGCAACAGGCAGUAUACAGUUCAUCCUGACAGAUCUGAGAUCUGCUGAUGCUGCUUCUACAUACUACUGCAACGUUAUACUUGGCGGGAUCAGCUGAAACUGAUGAGGCUACGGCCAACAUCACAGCUAGAACUUAUCCAGAGCAAAUAGAGAUGUUCCCCACUCCUGACAGGGUCCAGUAUGACGAUGGUCAACUCUUGUCAAUGAGAUGUACAGGCAGGAUCGGGAACCAGUUUGAUGAGAACAACCUCCAGAACCUGUGGACAUGGGAGUGGCGAUCUGGAAACAACGAGUUCGCCUCCUGGACACGAUACCCGAACAACCAAAAUAUCACCUACGACCGUCCUACUUCAGUAGCGGAAUGUCAAUAUACAGGGGCGUCAACGCUGGUUCAUACAGUCUCGAAUCUUGACAAUGGGAGACAGUUCAGGUGUUCUGUCAUAAGUGAAGAAUACAGUGCAAACAAGACUGUUUAUGUUGUUGGUCAACAACCACCACGACCAACAACUCCUGCCGAAACACCUACAAAUGGUCAACAACCACCACGACCAACAACUCCUGCCGAAACACCUACAAAUGGUCAACAACCACCACGACCAACAACUCCUGCCGAAACACCUACAAAUGGUCAACAACCACCACGACCAACAACUCCUGCCGAAACACCUACAAAUGGUCAACAACCAUCAUCACCAACAACUCCUUCCGAAACACCUACAUAUGGUCAACAACCACCACGACCAACAACUCCUGCCAGAAACACCUACAAAUGGUCAACAACCAUCAUCACCAACAACUCCUUCCGAAACACCUACAAAUGGUCAACAACCACCACGACCAACAACUCCUGCCGAAACACCUACAAAUGGUCAACAACCACCACGACCAACAACUCUUUCCGAAAAGCCUACAAGUGGUGGAGUGGCUAUAGGUGUGUGUGUAAUGCCGGUCGUUGGUGCCAUCUGUCUGGGUUUUGCGUUCGUCUUCAGGGACAAACUAGCAGACUGCAUAUGAGGUUGUUUCAGGACCAAAGCACACCGGUAACGCAGAGAAGACAGUAGUCUCUAAGUGUAGGUGAUCCAAAAUCCAAGAAGCCAUCUACAUGAAAACGAUUCAAGCCAUCCUUCAACCGUGAGCAAGAGUACUACACAUCUCCAGAUUGCCUGCCAUCAACUAAUCAAAGACUCCAAUCAGAUAUAAUCCUUCUGUGUUUAUCUGUAUGUUUACACGUAUGCUAAAAGUGCUUCUCUGAUCUAUUGUUAAAACACUACUUCAUAUCUGUAUAUAUGGCUCUCGACACUACCUUGUACAGCUACUGCUUGAUAACAGUGUAGCUUCUACGCGUCUACAUACUCACAGUAAAUAAAGAAGUUGUCCAUCCAUAAAUACUAUCAUUACAAAAAUAAUAGAGUUGAUGCUGCUUCAAUUGACAAUACAAAUAAAGAAUAUUUAAAAAGUC